UUUUAAUUUUGACUGCUGUACUAUUGACAUCUGAGCCAAAGUGGUGAUGCUACCUGAGGGGAAUUUCUGCAACCCGUAAGUCAACAGUUAUACGAUUGUGAGCCAUGCCUUUAGUGAAGAGGAACAUCGAACCCCGGCACGUGUGCCGGGGAGCCCUGCCCGAAGGGAUUACCAGUGAACUUGAAUGUGUAACCAAUAGUACUCUUGCUGCUAUCAUACGCCAGCUAAGCAGUCUAAGCAAACAUGCUGAAGACAUAUUUGGUGAGCUGUUUAAUGAGGCUAACAACUUCUACAUCAGAGCAAAUUCUCUUCAAGACAGAAUUGAUCGCCUUGCUGUCAAAGUUACCCAGCUGGAUUCAACAGUGGAAGAAGUGUCACUGCAGGAUAUCAACAUGAAAAAAGCUUUCAAAAGUUCCACAGUCCAAGACCAGCAGGUGGUUUCAAAGAACAGCAUUCCUAAUCCCGUUGCUGACAUUUACAACCAGAGUGAUAAGCCACCUCCUCUGAAUAUUCUUACACCAUACAGAGAUGACAAAAAGGAUGGGCUGAAGUUCUACACUGAUCCUUCCUAUUUCUUUGACCUCUGGAAAGAAAAAAUGCUGCAGGACACAGAAGACAAAAGGAAGGAGAAGAGGCGUCAAAAGGAGCAAAAGCGUAUAGAUGGCACAACCCGGGAGGUGAAAAAGGUUAGGAAGGCCAGAAACAGGCGCCAGGAGUGGAGUAUGAUGGCAUAUGACAAAGAGCUUAGACCCGACAACAGGCUCUCUCAGAGUGUGUACCACGGAGCGUCUUCCGAGGGAUCCCUGUCCCCAGACACUAGGUCACAUGCAUCGGAUGUCACAGAUUACUCUUACCCGGCGACUCCCAACCACUCUCUGCACCUGCAGCCUGUGACCCCUUCUUACGCAGCUGGGGACGCGCCACCACACGGGCCAGCAACCCAGGCCCCCGAGCAUGAGUACCGACCCCCCUCCGCCUCGGCGAGGCACAUGGCCCUAAACAGACCCCAGCAGCCGCCGCCGCCACCCCCACCGCAGGCCGCAGAGGGGUCCCAGGCCUCUGCACCCAUGGCGCCAGCAGACUACGGGUAACCCAGGACUCCUGUCUUCUACCU